GACAGAGCAGACCGAAGAGAUUGGCAACAGGUCUCGCUGUACUUGCCAACGUACAUUACUUCAGCUAACAAGCACUCAUUCAUAUGGAUAUAUUCGUUAGACAUUAGCUUCUUUUAGAAGAAUAAUAAAGAUGUUUAAGACCAUGUUUCAACAUGCGAAGAAGCAUCCAGGGUUAAUCCCUCAAUUUCUCUUCCUGGGUAUGGGCGUCACAGGGGCCACCCUUUAUCUGAUCCGUCUGGCAAGAGGACCUCAUGUCACUCUUUGGGAUAAAAAGAACAACCCAGAGCCUUGGAACAAGCUCGACCCAACCUACCAGUACAAGUUUGUGGCCAUCAACACAGACUACAAAAGCCUGAAGAAAGAGGGCCCUGACUUCUAAAGGUCCUCCAGGCAACUCCAGGGGCACCAAGUUUGGCAUGACCUCCUGCUGAUGCCACAGUGAAGCAUCUUUCUGAGUGUCACCUCAUGCUCCACGACAACAGCUCUGAAUUAACACUGUAACCCUGUGAACAAAAACUAAUAAAGAAUACAUGA